UUUCGUAUUCUGUGUUUCCCUUAAUUUGAUUUAACAGCUAUUUGUGAUUGGUGUUGUAAAUUUACGGAUUUUCAAACAUCCAAUCAAAGGAUACAGUUCUGAAAAACAUGGCGGAAAAGAAUUCCUUGUAGCAGCAGAUUAAAAUUAUCCCGCUUGAAAGUAAAUUUUUAGGUUAUAGUUUUGUAUACUGAGAAGUUUUGUAUUUAAAAAUAUUCAGUAUUAAUCAUAAUUAACUAUUGUACUAAAGAUGGCCGGUACAAGCAGUUCCAACGGGCAUUUAGAAUGUGAAGAUGAAGAAAUGAGUGUAUACAGGAAGGAUUCCAAUGCUGUAGUCACCUUCAACAUAGUUUUUAACGAGAGACACCUGACUGAACCCUGUUUAACAUUUAAACCUAUUAUGUCUCAUCAAGUAUUCGAAAAUGAAUGUAUAUUUGGCUACAAAUCUUUGGCCAUUAAGCUUACUUAUUUGCAUAAUUCAGCCAAGUGUUAUGUAGAUGUGGUCUCCUCAGGAAUCAUUGAAAGAGAUGGUCAUAAGCCAGAUGAUGUAAUGGAAUGCUUGAAUCCUUGGUUGCCAGAAAACUACACGACAGAUAGAGAUGAGUUUACUCAAUGGAUAAGUAAAGAACAACAUGAUGUGAUUUUUGGACAUAUCAUACACGAACAUGUUUUUAAAGGUGAAUUUUUUGAAGAUCCUUCAGUCGAAGUGCAAUAUACUUAUAAAAUCACUCAGUGUGACAUUGCGGAUGAGGAUUUCAAGAAGUUUCAUCAAGCAUUUGAAACGUAUGUAAUUUGGUUCAUAGAUGGUGCAACUUUUAUUGAUCUCGAUGAUGAAAAGUGGGAAAUAUUUUACGUUUACGAAGAAGUUAAGCAUCCCAAAACAGGUGAGAUGUGCAUUACUCCAGUUGGUUUUUGUACGGUAUACAAAUUUUAUUCGUACCCAGCAAAUAUCAGAAGCCGAAUUAGCCAGUUUUUCAUUUUACCAACACACCAAAAAAGGGGUCUCGGAACAGCUCUCUAUCAAGCAGUAUUUAAAACGUUACAAAGUCUUAGUUCAGUAACUGACAUUACAGUUGAGGAACCAACGCCUAUUUUCCAAAAGAUAAGAGAUCGAAGUGAUUGUCGAUUAGUAAAGGAAUCCUUAGAAAAAAAUAAACUUGAUAUAUCGUCUACACACAUAAAAAAGAUAUUCGCACAUCUCAAGGAUCUUAAAUUUGGUAAAAAGCAGAUUCAACGUAUUUAUGAUAUUUUAUGUGGAUGUGAAGCAUCGUUAGAUAAAUUUACUUACAAUCAGUUUUUCAAAAAUAUUAAUAAGCGAAUUGAGUCGGAAGUAAACAAUAGGAUGAAGGUAGGAAUGAAGAAAAUGCGUCUUGUCACGGAGGGAAAUGCAACACAUGCUUUAGUAGAUGAAGAAGCAGUGGCAAAGGCAGAAUUUCAAAAGUAUAAAGAAGAUCUUGAAUCGGCAGUUAAUUAUGUGAAAAAUAAGUUAUGAAAAGAAACUUAAGUAGGUUGUGUUUAAUUUUGAUACGUUUUUGUAUUACUUUUAUGAACUAUUUAUGGUAAAAAUAAAAUAUUUUAAAAUGUGGUACAUGCAACAAUUUUGAAAACAUACUUAAGAGCAUCAGCACAAAAUUUCGGGCCAAUGCUUUUUAAAUGCAUUAAUUUUUUUCAAAUCCUGAGAAAACUGAUAUGUAUUUUUGAAAUAUUUAAAUGCAGAAUGAAAGAUUACAUCUUUACUGAGGUAGAAAGUCCCUUAGAAUAAACAAAAAGUUUCUUUUGAAUAAGAUAUUCAAAAUUAAAAAUCACACUCAAUUCUCUUUUUUUGUCCCUGUAAGUUAUUAAAAUAAACAUAGAAGUUUUCAGGUUUUCUUGGCCCUCAGUAAUAAUAUAAUCUUUCAUUCUGCAAUUAAAUUUUUCAAAAAUACUUAUUAGUUUUCUCAGAAUUCGAAAAAAUAAUGCAUUUUAAGGCAUUGGCCUGAAAUUUUUUGACUACGCUCUUAAGAGUGACUGUGCCAUUUAUGAAAUUUUUUUUAUUGUAAUCAUUUAUAAAUUUGAUUAACGUUUCUCUGAUAUCAUGUUUCAUGCACUCCUAAAAUUAAUUUGUGAUGCAUUUAGGAGAUAUUUACGUUUUAUGUAACAUGAGUUGCAGCUCCUAGAAUGAACCAUGACCGAUGACAAACGCUGUCGUCGGUCAUACACCCACCUAACCUUUACGCAGACAGGAUUUCUCUCACCAGCCAUAGUUCGGUCAGGGAGCUGUACCUAGAUGUGUAAGAUGAACAAUAUUUAAAGUAGAAUUAUUGUAUAAUUCAAUGUUUUAAAAAUAAAUAUACAUUUAUUCUUA